AUGUCCUCGCAAAACCCGAAUGCUCAUCGAGGCAGAAAACUCCCUCCUUUUACUGAUGAAGAGCGAGAUCCCGGUGUUAUUGGUGCUAUUGAUAUAGCUACCCAAAUCCAAGUUCAAAAGCUUCAACAGGCCCAACUUGCAGACCAGCGACGACGGGAAGCUCUUGAGAACCAAGAGCCUGCUCACUUUGCGCUGAUCCCUCCCAUACAGCUGGAGUCUGAUACCUUUGACGGUGUAGUGAUUCAGAAGGAAGAAAAGGACCAGACUAGCUCUAUAAGCAAGGAGCUGUAG